GCGGGACCCCGGGCAGUCGGACCGGCGCGCGCGCGCGGGGCGAAGUCGGGCCGCGGCCGCCGAGACACCCGAAGCGCUCGGUUCCCCCGGGGCCGGAGCGGGGGCAGGUGGGGGCGCAGGCCCGGGGGAUGCUGGGCUCGGUGAAGAUGGAGACCCACGACCUGGCCGAGUGGAGCUACUACCCAGAGGCGGGCGAGGUCUACUCUCCCGUGACCCCAGUGCCCACCAUGGCCCCCCUCAACUCCUACAUGACCCUGAACCCUCUGAGCUCUCCCUACCCCACCGGGGGGCUCCCUGCCUCCCCACUGCCCUCAGGACCCCUGGCGCCCCCAGCCCCCUCGGCGCCCCUGGGCCCCACCUUUCCCGGCCUGGCUGCUAGCAGUGGCGGAGGUAGCAGCUCUGGAUACGGGAGCCCGGGCUCCGGGCUGGUGCACGGGAAGGAGAUGCCGAAAGGGUACCGGCGGCCCCUGGCCCACGCCAAGCCGCCGUAUUCCUACAUCUCGCUCAUCACCAUGGCCAUCCAGCAGGCGCCCGGCAAGAUGCUGACGCUGAGCGAGAUCUACCAGUGGAUCAUGGACCUGUUCCCUUACUACCGGGAGAACCAGCAGCGCUGGCAGAACUCCAUCCGCCACUCGCUCUCCUUCAACGACUGCUUCGUCAAGGUGGCCCGCUCCCCCGACAAGCCGGGCAAGGGCUCCUACUGGGCCCUGCACCCCAGCUCCGGCAACAUGUUUGAAAACGGCUGCUACCUGCGCCGCCAGAAGCGCUUCAAGCUGGAGGAAAAGGCCAAGAAGGGGAACACCGGGAACGCCGCCGCCAGUUCCAGGAACGGUCCCGGCUCUGCCGCCUCCACCACCACGCCGGCUGCUGCCGUGCCAGCUGUCGCCUCCCCGCCCCAGCCCCAGCCUCCACCUGCCGAGCCCGAGGCCCACGGUGGUGGGGAAGACGUGGCGGCCCUGGACUGCGGCUCACCCCCUUCAUCCACGCCGUACUUCACCGGCCUGGAGCUGCCGGGGGAGCUGAAGCUGGAUGCGCCCUACAAUUUCAAUCACCCCUUCUCCAUCAACAACCUGAUGUCGGAACAGACGCCGGCACCUCCCAAACUGGACGUGGGGUUCGGGGGCUACGGGGCCGAGGGUGGGGAACACGGGGUCUACUACCAGGGCCUGUACUCCCGCUCUCUGCUCAACGCCUCCUAGCACGGGGUGGGCACGUGGUGGUGGCGGUGAUGGGGUACGGCUGAAGGUCACACCAGCGAGCUCUUGGGCCCGGCGCUUUGCCUAUCCCGCCGGUUACCAUCUUGGUUGGUCUCUUACUUACUGUGAUGGUUACUGUGUCUGUGGGCAUCCCACUGACCCAGUGGGUGCUGUGAUCACCGCCCUGGACACGUGGGUGGGCCUGUGGGGUGGGCGGGUUCCAUGAAGACGGCCGGCCGUGUCGAUGGAGGUCACGGGUCCAUUCGCUGGGUGCUGUGUUGGCCGCCGCCUGGGAUUUGCCGCCCCGGUUGGCCCCUUGGGUGCUGUGAUGGGCGCGGGUGCAGAGCUGUUGCCAUGUUCGGGACACGUCCUUUAUCCUUUGGCCCAGUGAGGGCUGUGGUCACUUUUUUUUUUGUGGACUUCCUGGCACAGCAGGUGCCGAGCUGGCCACCAUCCUGCAGAGCCUCUUUCUUCAGGUCCUUUGGGGGUGCGUGGAUGGCCACCACGUUGGCGCAGUGACCUAGCGUGCCGUUACGCACUGUGACGGCCGUGUCGUCACGGCCUCCUUGGUGUGUGGGUUGCGUUGGGGGUGGUGAGGCGAAGACGCCUGGGUUUCUCUGAGGCCUGUCCCGCACUUGGCUUCGCGCGGGUCCACUCGGGGCUGGUUAGGGUGUGGGCCACUCCUCCUGAAUCUGGUGUCUGCCUGGGACGCGGGGCACUGGCUGGGUUUGACCAUUAAAGCGUUUCUGCCUCUCA